CUUGAACUUUCGCGCUUUGGACAAGGCAACAGCUUUAUUUCUGUAGCUUAGUUUGUGUGUAAGCUAAGCCAAAGCUACCAGUGCCAAUCUAGUUAUAAACAGUCCACCUCUACUUUGAGGCUCUCAACACGACGGGGUAUCUCUGGUGCUUAUUACAGUCCUUAAUUAACUCAUCAUCCCUGUCCUCGAGCACAGUCAACAUCAUCCAACAUGCUUACGCAUCGUGGAUUCUCCGCAUGUAUAAUCUCUGAGGGCAAACCGAUCCCCGAGUAUCUUGCUGCUGUUGUUGGCGAAAACCCAAAGACAAUCUCGUGUUGGAUCCCGAGUGAGGCGGGAAAGACUUUUACAGUAUACUGGAGAGAUGAAGGGACAAAAAUGCAUUCAUGCGCAUUUAUUACACUUGACGGAUUCGUAGUUCCUGGUCGGUUCUUGUUCGGCGAAGGGGAGACUUGGAGGAAUGGCGUAAGGUCAGGUCCGCAUACAGAAAGGCCCUUCAUGUUUGCACAGAGGUCAAGCUCGGGUGCAAGUGAGCAAAGCAUGAAGGACGCUGGCUCUAUCAUGCUCAAGAUUCGACUUGUCACACUGGAUGGGUCGAAGGCAGCAAAUCCACUGCAGAAUAUCCCAGAUUUGAACUCGCAAAGUCACCUAGGCGAUCAUUGUAUUGGGUACGGCCAGGAGAUGAACACGUACAAGCAGUCACCCAUAACGUGGAAGGUGAAGGCGUCCGACCAGGGCAGUAACAGGUCACACGUUACCUUUCUGUUCCGGUACAGGUCUCCCGAGUGGCUGAUGGCGCAAGGAAUAAUGCCCACUGAGCUGCAUGUGCCAAAAAAUCAUCCUGCGAAGCGACGGGUCGCCAGCGCACCUGUUGCACAUUCGGUGAACGCGCCGAUUACCCCAAGCCCAAGUGCUUCCAACUCGAAAAAAGCUGAACCGUAUGAGCGACUCGUGAGUAUAGCUGUUUCGUCAUACCAUCCAAUUCACGUAUUCGUUUAUCAUGUAGAAUGCAGAACCAAAGAAUACCUUAUAUCCAGAACAAGGUCGAAUGAGGCCUGCACUCAGUGCCAGGACCGUGAGCGUCGGGGGCCGAGUUCGGCCCAACAAAUUUGCAGGGGAAAUGCUACUCGACUUUCAAGUUAAUCCUCAACUCGAUCCAAGUAGGUUUACGCAAGGCCCAUCCAGUGCGUCUCAAGAGUCGGACAGCACGGUAGGAAAUUCAACGGAGCCGGGCGAUGAGGGCCAGGAAGAUAUAAUUUAGAGAGAGCACAUUAUUUUGUUCUGUUGUUUGUUUCGACGCGCUGUCUGGUAUCUGUAGAACCAUCUCUUGAAGAAUAUGAUCAUUAGGGUGUUACAGCCUCGUGGAAAUAUGGUACGGAGGGCGUUUCAUUGUGAAUUACUGAACGACAGAGGAAGGGUUACUGCAACGACCUGUGUUCACAGCAAGGGCUAUGGCGCAAUGACAGACAAUGGCAAAG